AUGAAAGAAACCAACGAUGAAAAUAAAAUUCCAAUGGAGAGAGGAAUUGGUGGUAGUGAUGGUGUUGUUGUUGUUGAUCAUCAAGAAGAAGUUAAAGAAGUUGAUGAUUUAGAAAAAUGUGGAUUAUUAAGAGGUGAUAAAGAUGAUGAAUUAUGA